CACACACGUGUUGGAAAUUUCGUUCGUGUAACAUUAACAGGUUAUGUUUAUAUCUUGAAAGUGAGUGUUUUGUUGGUGAAAUUGUGUGAUUAUUUUUAUUAUUUCAAGUGAUAAUUAAUAAAUUAUUUAAAAUGACUGUUCCCGAAAUGGAUAUUUGUAUAAAUAUAACGACAGACUCGUCAUCUACAAAUACAAAGGGUAAUAAAAAUACGAAAAAAAUCACUUCUGAAUUAUUAGCAAAGAAUUCGAAAAAAGAAAAAUUAUCAAAAACAAUUCGUUCUAAACAAAUUUCUGAUAGUUCAAUAAAUAAGACAAAAACAAGAAUUAAACAAAAAUCACUUGCUGCAAUUGUUGCAAAACAAUUAGGACACAGUGUUAAUAAAAAGAAAGUUUCUUUUUUAACUGAUAAAAAAAAUUCAGUUCCUAUUAAUAAUUUAAUUCAAAAAAAUGACGAAAAAUUAGAUGCACAGAAUAUUGUAAAAUUUGUUAAAACUAAUAAUGAUAAUGAAAUUAAAGCCACAUUAAUAAGAAAAAAAAAUGUCAAUUCAAAUGGUGAGAAAAAAUCUUUAAGUGAUGUUUUUUCAAUAAAUUCGGAAAAAACAGAUUCAGAUAAAUUGCCAUUUAAAUUUGGAAAUUUGUCAAAAAAUAAUAAUGAAGAAAAAAUGGAUUCAAAUUUUAAUAGAGAAGAUAAUUUUGGAAAUAAAAAAAAUAGGGAAGAGAAAAAAUUUAAUUCUGACUUUAGGACAAAUAAAUAUAAUGAGAAAAAUAAUGACAGAACGAAUAAAAAAUUUAAGGGAAAAGUUGAACGAAUAAUGAAUAAACCUACUGGUAAAAUUUCAUCUCUUUUUGGUAAUAAUCCAGAUGUACCAAAUAUUGGACAAAGAUAUGUUAAACCAGUGCAAGAAAAUGUUUUUUCCGGUAUAAACUUUAGUGAUCUCGACAUUCAUCCAUUUUCGGUUUCUAAUUUGGAGCAAAAUAUGCAAAUAACUAAAAUGACCACAGUACAACAAAAAGGAAUUCCCGUGAUUCUUUCCGGAAAAGAUGUUUUAAUUAGAUCACAAACUGGUUCUGGAAAAACUCUAACUUAUUCUUUACCGAUUAUUGAAUUAUUACAAAAAAUUACACCAAAAAUAACGAGAAACAGUGGUUUGAAAGCCCUUAUUGUUGUGCCAACUAGAGAACUUGCUUUACAGACGUACGAAUGUUUUUUGAAACUUUUAAAACCGUUUAUGUGGAUUGUACCUGGUUAUUUAGUCGGUGGGGAAAAACGAAAAGCCGAAAAAGCACGAUUAAGACGUGGCUGUAAUAUUUUAAUUGCAACACCUGGACGAUUAUUAGAUCACAUUAAACAUACUGAAGCUUUAAAAUUAAAUGAUGUCUCUUAUUUUGUCCUGGACGAAGCUGAUCGUAUGCUUGAUAUGGGAUAUGAAAAAGACAUUUCCGGAAUUGUAAGCGCCUUAAAAAUUAGUGUAUCAGAUCCAAAAGAAACGGGAUACGAUCCAAUAAAAAUGCUUCGUCAAAAUAGUAUAAAGAAAUUUAGCGAUGAUAACGAAGAAUUACAAGAGAAAAAUGAGAAUGAAGACAAAUUGAAGGAAGAUGAAAAAGAAGAAGAAGAUAAAAAUGUCAAUACUAAAAGAGUUUAUAAUUCUGAAUCAGAAAUGGAUUCUGAUGAUGGAAAUGUUUAUAUUGGAAGAAAAAAGAAAAAAAUAAUUAAAGACGAUAAAAAUGAUUUAACAAAAAAUGUGAAACAAGAAAAUAUUGAUGGUGAUUCUAAUCAAUCAACAAGGCAGACAAUUUUACUUUCCGCUACUUUAACUCAAGCUGUGGAAAAACUCGCUGGUCUCACUAUGAAAAAUCCAACAUUUGUCGAUGCUGCCAAAGAAAAUUUGGAAAUUUCCGGCGAUAAUAUUAGUGACAUGAAUGAAGAUUUAAUUGUCCCUCAAAGUGUCGUUCAAAGUUACAUUAUCACACCACCAAAAUUGCGGCUCGUCAGUUUGUGCGCUUACAUCCGUGGGAAAUGUCUGAGUUCCGGACAGCAUAAAAUACUUGUUUUUAUGGCAACACAAGAUAUGAUUGAUUAUCAUACAGAGAUUUUAACUUCGAUUUUAUCGAAACCAGAAGAUGAAAAUGAUGAAGAUUCUGAUCCGCUUGUGGAUGUUGAAUUUUUUAAACUCCAUGGAAAUAUGUCGCAGAAAGAAAGAACGGAAGUAUUCAAAACAUUUAAAAAGGCCAACAGCGGUGUUCUAUUUUGCACUGAUGUAGCAGCUCGUGGUCUUGAUUUGCCAAAAGUUGACAGUGUUGUUCAAUACACGGGACCAUUAUCAGCGAGAGAUUAUGUUCAUCGAAUUGGUCGAACGGCACGAGCUGGCUCAUCGGGAACGGCGACAAUUUUUUUAACACCACCUGAAAUUGAAUUUGUUCGUAUGCUUGAAUCAAGACGUAUUAGAAUCAAACAGGAUAACAUGAAUGAUGUACUUGAAAAACUUUUGGGUCAUUUAUCGAAAUAUCGUUCAACAGAAGCGGCUGCCAUUGCACUUCAAAAUGAAUUUGAAAAUCUUGUCAUUGAGAACAAAAAAUUACAUGAAAAGGCCUGCAAGGCUUAUAUAUCGUGGAUACGAUUUUACGCAAGUUAUCCACGUGAAAUGAGAGAAAUUUUCGAUCGAAAGGAACUCCAUUUGGGCCAUUAUGCGAAGAGUUUUGCUCUCAGGGACCCACCACAAAAAAUUAGUGGAAUUGGAAAAACUAUUCGCGAAAAAGAAGGUACAAAGCCACAGCACAACAACAGAUUGUCGAAUGAAAGACCAGCAAGGAUGCCACAAAAGAAACAAAUUGGAGGAAUUGGCACUAAAAGUGGAUCUUUGAAAAAAGUACGUAUGCUCAAUACAUCUGAAUUCGACAGUGGAUUGGCGCCCAUUAAAAAACAAAGGAAAUCUUAAAUUUAGGACUAAUUUUUCUAGGUACGAUUUUUUUUUUAUCACUGAAAAAAGUAGAGAUAUGCGAAUGAAGAAAAUUUUAUUUUUAACAAAAA